AUGGGUCAACGAUGGAUGUCGCGGGCCAUCGAUCCUAAAAGCACCAACGGCUCAGCCACCGAGAGCGAGAAGUCUGAACGAAAGGCACUGCAGAAUUGGGGUCCUACCGAUGCAUCCGCGGUUUACGAGUUUGGAGGUCCAUUGGGCAUGUUGGCCAUGAUGGUGGGAUUUCCUCUACUCAUGUACUUCAUGUGGAUAGGAGCUGUCUUCUACGAUGGCCAAAUUCCGAAACCAGGGAAGAACGAGUCCUUUACCAUAUUCGUGCAAUAUCUAUGGUUUUUGAUCAAGAACGAAGCCUACCCCACUAGGAGAGCAUGGUUUAUCUACUGGUCAUUUGGAUUCACGCAACUCGCCUUCUACGUUCUACUUCCUGGUGUUUAUCGCAAAGGCCAACCUCUGCCGCAUCUGGGUGGAAAGCAAUUGGAUUAUUACUGUUCGGCUAUGUGGUCAUUUUACACCAGCGUCGCUCUUGCACUUGUCUUGCACUUUGGCGAUUACUUCAGACUGGACACUUUGAUCAGCGAGUAUGGACCGCUGAUGAGUGUAGCGAUCAUCUCCGGGUUUGUAUGCUCUUUUGUUGCAUACUUCUCAGCUGUCGCACGCGGUACGACACUGCGUAUGAGUGGCAAUCACAUCGUCGACUUUUUUAUGGGUGCGGAACUGAAUCCAAGGAUGUUCGGGAUCUUAGACUUCAAGAUGUUAGUUGAAGUCCGCAUCGCGUGGUUUAUCCUUUUCUUCCUCGCUUUGAGCACAUGCCUGAAGCAGAUCGAGGAGUCUGGAUACGUAUCUAUAGAGGCGUGCUUUUUGCUUAUAGCACAAUAUCUUUAUGCUGGAGCUUGUGCCAAAGGAGAGCACUUGAUUAUCACCACCUGGGAUAUAUACUACGAGAAAACAGGAUUCAUGAUCAUUUUCUGGACAAUGGCUGGCGUGCCAUUUUCCUACGCUCAUGCUAUCCUCUACAUCGCCAACCACCACCACAGCGAGUAUCAGUGGUCAUGGUGGUUCGUAAUUACCUUGCUCAUCCCUUAUCUUGGUGUCUACUAUACCUGGGACACCUGCAACAGUCAGAAGAAUCAAUUUCGACAGGAAGAGCGGGGCGUAGUAGAGGAACGAACCACAUUUCCGUAUUUCAAAUAUGGAAAUAUCCGGAAUCCGAGAACUAUCGAGACAACUUACGGUAAAAAGCUGCUCUGCGAUGGUUGGUAUGGAAAGGCGCGCAAGAUCCAUUACUCCUGCGAUAUUUAUUUCGCUAUCAAUUGGGGCCUUGUUACAGGCUUCGCGUCGCCAUUCCCAUGGUUCUAUCCCGUUUUCUUCACCAUCAUGAUCAUGCAUCGCGCGUUACGCGACAAUGCAAAAUGCCGUGACAGGUAUGGCAAGGCUUGGGAGGAGUACACCAGACGAGUCCCGUACAUUUUCGUACCUGGUGUUAUCUAA